AUGAUUGCACCGCAGUCCCACCUUUCUGCCUACCUCCUUUCUCUGCAGGCUUCGAGCUGCAAGAGCCAUUCGCUUUCGCCAAUGGGAUCACGGCAGAUAGAUGAUACAAACCCUGCAAUUGUCUACACCAACGAAGGCAUUGACUGGGGAAGGUUUGAAGGCACAAACGAGUACAACCGUACGGCUACCUUGAGUGUCAAGCAAGGUGCUACGGCAAGAUUCACGUUUGAAGGUUCAUCAGUCGCAGUUUAUGGGACCGUUGGUACAAAUGAUAUCCUGGCGGUAUCUUCCUAUACCAUCGACGGGGGGUCUCCAGUCAACUAUACUGCGCCGAGGGUGUCGUCAAACCAAUACCGACACCUCUUUUUCCAGUCCCCGACGCUCCCACGAGGAACUCACACACUAGUCAUCCAAACUCUAGUCGAUGACGGCUACUAUUGGUUGGAUUUCUUGACAGUCACAUCUGAAGUAGCCACAUCCACCUCUUCAGCCAGCCCUCCCUCCACCACGAUCAGCCCUCCUACUCCCACCUCCUUACCACCGACGCCGACUUCUAUGACCAGUUCAACGACCUUCGACUCGCCGCCCCCGAAUCAAACCUCCACCAGCUCAGACGUUCCUUCACAGGGAACGCAACUAGGCACUGUGGACUCAACUUCAUCGGAGCGCGAUAUGACACCUCUCAUCGCCGGUCUUUCUAGUGCGCUCGCUGUCUUGGUGAUCGUAAUUGGCAUUGUAGUCUGGAUAUUCAUGAGGAGACGCCGACGGGAGAUGAACGCGAAAGACGUUCCCGCGGACGGCUAUGAAUCACCGGCACCCACUACCCAAAUUCCCUCCCCGGGAAGCGAUACCAUCACGCCAUUCGUGCAACCGGGAUACAUAAAUUGUGAUUCACUCAGCACACAGCCUACAAGUGCACGUUCAGCUAAAAGUGGUGCGACAAGCUGGCAUUCUCCCAACCAAAGCACGUCAACACCACCCCCGUCGAGUCGAGAUAUCCGGGCCUCUGAUCUUCCUCCUGCGUACAUUAAUGAGGUGUAG